ACUGCGUUCUAGUCGGCCAAUUGCGAAGGGUUUCCCUAAUAAGAACUUUUCUAGAAGAGGGAACACAAGCAUACGCGCGAGAUUCCUUGGUUUCUGUCCUUACACUUUACACGCGACAUCGUCUAAAACCGCUCUGCGGGAUAUGCCAAUCGGGACAGUUCAAUCUCGAUGGUAGCUUUCUAUAUUUUAAGAUACGAGUUUCUUAUUUUGCUGAAAGACAAUUUUUAUUCAAUUUUCACAGUCGUUCUUCACACACAUUCUUUUAUCAAGACACCACUCUAUUCGCUUUCGCGAGUUCCCGAGAGCAUGUUUCGCAAAACACUCAAAGUUGUUAUCUGCGUUGAAUAACGUUAUUCAUUUUUAUUUCUGAUUGCAUUUCGCACAUGCUUCUUCUUUUUUGGGAUCAACUACUUGCGAUGCUUCAAAUUCUCCGUGAAACUUGUACAAGAUAAUUCUGAAUUGAACAGAACUUAUUUUUGUAUCGUAGACUUCUAGUAUUCUAGAAUCGAUCAUGUAUCCUCUCGCAAGUGAAAACAGUGAAUUCAGCGCUAAAGUUAUUUGGUGGAUUUCGUGAGUGUGAAAAAGGGGAAUCGAUAUAAAAUCUUAGCUCAUCGCCAACGCUGCCUUCGAACAAAUUAUAACGUCGUCGAGUGUGUGUGUGUGUGAAAAAAAAAAAAAAAAAAAAAUGAAAGAACGCGAUAUUAACCGAUCGAUCGAUCCGUCGCAAAAGCACAAAGGAAGAUCGAAGAAGUACAAGUCGCCAACGAGAUUGUUCGAUCUGAAUUGCUGGCCGAAGGUAAUGAUAUCCCGCGACAAUAGAAUUUGUAAGAAAACCGACGAAUCUUCGGGAACCACCUCCUUAUCGUUUUCUGAAUCACAUUCGAGUAAAGCGCAGGCCGAAGAAGAGGAAGAAGACGACGAUUUCGAAGAAGAGAAAGACGAUGAGGACGAAGACGAAUACGAAGAAGAAGAAGAAGAAGAAGUAGGAAAAGAUGAAGAAGUCAGCUGCGACGUGCAACACUUGUGUUGCGAGGAAUAUGGCACGAGUUUCGAGGAGGAACAGGGAGUCUGUUUGAUCAGUAGCUCCAGCGAGAUUCAAGAAGCCCUACGAACACGGGAAAGUACGCCAGAAAAUGUAAAAGGCUCGAAGAGGCUCAACGAAAGUGGCCUACACUGUCCGAUGAUGAAAAGUGUCCACCAGGACAGACCCAUUUUCGUCGAUCUGACGGCUGACGAGAAGAAUACGUGGAAACAGACCAUACUAAAACGGUUUUGCGACGUGAACACGUUGAACAGGGUAGACCAAGGAGAGGGUGAAUCUGCAAACGUUACCAUAGAACCACGAAUCAUGAUAGCAGACAGUUCCAGCAAACUGAACUGUAAGGGAAGCGCCAGCUUGGCAACUGCCCUACGGGAUCGUGGACAAUGUUUGAUACCGAUGCAACCGAACCGUUCUCUGCCGAUUCGUCCGGCUCCACCUGUGCCUACCAGAUCCUUUCGCAUGGACUGUUCGUCGCUGCUGUUUCUAUCCAAGCCCAUCAAUCUGGACAUCGUCGAAGUGGAGCCAGUAACCUCGAUCAAUAUGUUAUCAAACGAGGAGGCUUGCAAAAGCGUAGACGUUAAUCCUAACGAAACACUCGCCGUAAAAGAGUUCGCGAGUUCUCAAGGUUACGUAAUUCCCCAAAUUUCCAGCGUAGAAAGUCUGCGCGGAGUGAAACGAAAAAUCAACGACGACAUGGAUUACGAGAAGGAUGUUAUCAAGGAGAACAGAAAGAAGAAACGAUCGCAUGAAGCAGAUUCCAGUCAGAACAGAGACGAAUGCGCGGAGAGCACCAUCAAGGAAUUUUUAACAAAUUUCUGUGGCUCGAACGAGACAGGGGAAGCACAGACCACAUGCAGCGACAAGUGUGUCAGAGUUGUGUCAACAACUAAGGAAGGAAGCGGGGGUAAAGUGGUACCCCCAUUGAGAUUGAAGAAAGUCGUUCCUACAGAGGCAGAUAGAUACAACAACUCUCAGACAACCACAAGGGCGGAACAGGAAUCGAAUUACAGAAUUAUUACAGGCACGACCCCGCGACCAGAAUCGAGCACGGUAGCCAGCAGUUGUUGGAACGACAUGGCCUAUGAAAAGAAAACGAAUCUCGCGUGCUUGAAAACUGAUAGCUACAAGUUGAAGUAUCGGCGAAACAAGUUGAAGCAAAAACUUCGCGAACUGCGCAACAAGGCUCUGGAGCUGGCCAAGCAGAUGGCUAACGAUUCCAGCUUCCAACGGAACACAAGGUUGAGACAAGUGAUGAAUCGCUACGAAAAACAGAUAGAGAACUUGUCCAAGUUGCACAGCAAACUAUCCACAACGAUUCCCAUCUCCAACGAAGUGGUCGACGUGAACGAUAACGACGGAUGUACGAUCGAUGACGAAUAUCUUCUUGGAAACUUAAACGAAGAAAGCAAGGAAUCGUUGAAAAACAGCGUCCCAGCCGCAUCACCCGAGCCGCCAAAAUUGUCACCGCGAUCGCCGUCUAAUUAUGAGAAUCUGCUGCCUGGAGAAAUUAGGAACAGUCCACCGACCCUGCCAAGAGUGUGUCUCUCUAUUUCGUCGAGUCAGAACUCGGUCGACGAAGAUCUCCAGAACUCGGAGAGUAAAGUCUGGCCCAUAAUCGAAGACUCGACGAAAUCAACGAUUUCAGCAGGCAUAACAGAUUCUCCUGUUCGGUGUAAUACCACGGAGGAAGGUCCCGCGGAUCUCGAGGAGUGCAUGGAAACGAGACAGCAAAAUAAAAUGAACGUUGACGAGGAAGAUUUCAACGUCACUAAUAUAUCCUUAAAUCGUAGCGAGAAACCAACUCAAUUCUUUGAUAGUAAUCGUAUAGAUCUGGAAAAGAAGAAAGAAAAUAAGAAAAUGACGGACGAGACUCCAUCGGAUCGUCUGAUGGUCCAGGAAUUAGAGAAAAUCAGAUGUCGUGGAUUUUCUGCGUCUAUGCCUGUUAUAAGUUCUGUCACGGGUGGUCUGCAAGUAACAGCGAGCGUUCCAGCUAAAAAAAUGUUUCAGUCACCGUCUGACAAACAACUUGCUUUGCCAGAAGAACACGUCGCGCAAUCUACUUCUUACGAACCCAGUCGAAACGAUGUUUCGGCUGCGAAAGUCAACGAAAUCAGUCAAAAUGUUACAUCGAGCUCAAGUCAGUCGAUACAACUCAACUCCAUAGGGACAAUGUCAAAACAGGAGCAUUUUAAGUCGCAACAAAACUGUAAGGGAGAAAAAUUUCCAAACGAUUCUACCCAGAUGAGUUCCAACAGUCAAUCGAUAACCGAACAAUUUCCAACUCUCGGUAACUGGUUGGCACGAAUGUCUAAGAAACAAACUUUAAAAACCAAAUCCAAGUUACAAACUGUGGAAAACGUUUCUUUUUCAUCGACGGAGAAAGCUUCUUGUAUUCCUGAGCCCGAAGUGCCAAAGAUAACUGGGCCUAAUACAACUAACAAUAUACUAAACACAACGCCUCAAUGCAGUACAGACAGGUGGCAAUAUUACCAACACCAACGACAACAACGACAACAACGACAACAACAACAAGAACAACUACUGCAACACGUCGCUGCGUCUGUAACUCUUCCGCAACCAGUUCCAUCGGUACCACCUAUACGUCCCAGCAUCUGUUCACCCAUCCCUAUGAACCAGUUUUACCCAAACAACUAUGCUAUCGAUCCUUACAAUGGUGUCGCUCUAAAUUAUCAUCCACCUCUGUGCCCUUAUGGUACUUAUCCGUACCCUCCUCGGCUACAUCCGUCUCUACCGGGAUACCAUCUACCUAUGCAAGAAAGCCUGCGCCCUUUGCAACACAUGGACAAGCGUUUCCCACUGGUACAAGACCCAAUGGUGAAAUACACAUCUCCAACGACGAGCAACCUGCAACAUCCAAACAACAUGGGCUUCGAUCGGCUACGAGGAAGCUCUGCUGCUAGUAACUCUAACGCGGGGACCUGUCUACCACCGCUCUUCUUGCCGUCAUCGUCUUUACCCACGUCGCAACAGACUUUACCGCGAUCAUCGAUGUCCGGCUUUUCAACGAACAACCAGUACUCUCAGAACAGGAUGUUUCCAGAUGUUGUUGCAGCCGCAGCUGCCGCCGCCGUUGUUGCUGCUGCUUCUUUCGACAGACAACGCGACACAUUAACUUCUAACAGAGCCAGCACGGACGGAUUACAAGCCACUGGUCUGACAAACGUGAUGAACGGACAGCCUCCUCACGUGGCAAGUUCUAGUAAAAAGGUCGUCAAUCAAGAUACGAUUAAUCAAACGCAAGAUACCAAUUUCGGUGAAGAAGGCCACGACAACACCGCCAAGUAUCAACAGAUGCAGAAUUUCCUAUUCGAUCGACUGACGUUUGUCAAGACCGGUGAUAAUUUCACGCAACCAAACUCGAUUGCUAGCGGUGACAUGCAGGCGGCAAUGUCAUCUAUCGUUUCAACGACUCCAUAUCGGGUGGCUUCGGUGUCAUCGCACGCCCAAUUGCCAAAGAACACCUCAGGAAACCAGUUUAGGAAUUGCAAAACGCCCCAUCUCGGUAAAGUGAACCGCAGCCCAAACAACUUGCAUAGUCUUUCAUGUUCAAAUUGCGGCGUUAUCGGGCCGAAGUUCAAGUGUCUCGGAUGCGAGAUAAUUUUUUACUGUGAUGAACGGUGCCAAGAAAAGCAUUGGAAUGUACACAUGCAAUGGUGUCCGAAGAAAAUGCCAAAAUUAAAAAAAGUCACUUGAAUAAUAAGCGUCAAGUCCGAAUCUAGGUGCGGUUUAUUUUCAAUAAUUUAUAUACCCGCGUUUCGAAAAUUAUAUUUAUUCGUCGCAACAGUAAUUCCCGCUUUUAAGUGACAAAAAAUCAAUUACCAAUUCACUUAUCUGCCAAAAAAAAUUAAUAGAAUAUUGCGUAUGUAUUCUAUAUGCUUAAGUCAUUUGUGUCUGCAUUGUUUAGAUGUAUUUACGAACAUAAGUAUAGACGUAAAAAUGCACUAAAAAGCAAUGCAAUUGAUGAUGUGAUAAUCUUGUGCCUUAUUUUUUUAGACCUCACAGGUAGUUUUAUUAUCAGUGUUUAUGAAAGAGUGCUAUAUAUAUUUUUAUAAAAAUUGUAUCACGUGAUAUAUCGACGCUUGACGA